AUGGUAUCACCAAAAGCAACACCGCCACCACCGCGCAAGCUCCGUGUAGCUGUAGUCGGAUCAGGACUCGCUGGGUUAACCGUUGCCCACCUCCUCUCCUCGCUCCACCUCGAGGAUGGUCAGGGAGACCAGGGCAUUGAUGUCGAGCUUUUUGAGAAGGCUCACAAACUUGGCAUGGAUGCCGCCUCAUUAUCGGUGACUUGCCCUUGUCAAAAGUGCGCCUUGGCAGCAGGCCGAAGUGACGGCGAUCCCCAUCACGAACACGUCGAAGGACGAAUGGACGUACCCAUGCGCAGUUUCUUUGCUGAAUACUACCCAAACUUGGUCCGCCUCUACCGCGCCAUUGGCGUCAAGUUCCACGAUGCAGACAACACCCUGGCCUGCUUCGAUGUCACCUUUGACACAGAGUCCGGAGAAUCAAGCCCCAGCACAAAAUACAGACCUAGUCGCAACCAUCGCAACGUCAACAUCGAAUCCCCGUACCUCUCAUCGAGAUCCUACAAAGUCAGCUCAGACCAUACCAUCACCCUCCCAGACCUGCCUUCGCUCUCAGUCCUUAACCCAUACCCCUUUGGCCGUCGUCUCCUCGGCUACUACAGGAUCGCCCGCGACUAUGUCAGGAUGCUGGCUGUCUCCAAGGAGUUCAUGACACAGGGCCGCAUGAUGGACAUUGGAAAGGACCCUUCGGAAUGGGGUAAUGGCCGUCAGGUCUCGCUGCGGGAGUUCUUGGUCAAUGGACAGUACAGCCAUGACUUUUCUGCAUUCUUUGUUCCUCUCUUUGCUUGCGUCUGCACGUGCAGCUUUGAGCGGAUGAUGGAGUUCCCAGCCUGCGUGGUUCUUGAGUAUGUUGCUCGGUGUAUGCCUUUUGGUCGCAUGCAAUUUGUCUCAUCGGGCGUUCGGGAAGUCACCGAGAACCUGUCCAAGAACAUCGGAACCAUUCACUACAACACUAUGGUCGAGAAAAUCAUCGAGGCGCAGGAUGCAGAGGAGGCGAACGAGAAGGGUCCCAUUGUUUUGAUUGACUCGUUUGGCGUCCGUCGAUCGUUCGACCAUGUCAUCUUUGCGACCCAGGCCAACCAAGCAGCCGCAACCUUGGCCGGUCAGCGCGCCAGCAAACCCCUCCCCAAGCCAUUCGUCACGUCGCAUGACGCUGGCGAUGUCGAGUCCAACUAUGGUCGUCGGGAGGAGCAUGACUCGGCUGACCCCGAAACCCCUCAAGGUGUCAAAUUCGACUCCUUGGCAAGCAAUCACCCCUUUUACGCCCAGAUGAAGACUCUGGCCAAGUUCCCAUACGAGCGCACCCAGGUCGUCUGCCAUACCGAUACGUCUUUCCUCCCCAAGGACCCUGCCUCAUGGAGACUGUUGAACAUUGCCAAGGCGACCAAUGCUGACAUUCUUGCGACACCCUUUGACGAAGUCACAGCAGAAUUGGCCAAGACCAAGAGACGUGCCUCGACCGAUACCCUUGUCAGCAACAGUGACGAUUCAGGACUCCGCAAGAGAAACACAGGAGCAGGAGAUGCUAACAGCACAACCAGCUCGGGAGCUUCCAGUCCAACGACACUCAACAACAGCGGCAGCUCCACUCCCGUCUCGACAGCCUCUCAAAGCUACAACUCUGCCAUGGCGACACACAUCAUGAACAACACUGCUUCUUCUCUGGGAUCGACGACCAAGUUCUUGCAAACCACCAACCCGAUCUUCCAGCCCAAGUCGGAGACGGUCAUCUCGUCUGCUUGGUUUGAGCGUGCGGUUGUAAACCCCGAGUCGAUGAAGGCAGUCGACGAGUUGUCUCAGCAGAUGGAUGAGCAAGCUGAGCGCCUUUUGGCCGGCCAGCAGUCUGGAAACAACAACUCGACCUCGGUGUCUGACAGAGUCUGGUUCGUUGGAAGCUAUGCGUACCCAGGAAUCCCUCUCCUCGAAGGAUGUGUCGUCAGUGCGGUGCAGGCUAUGGAGCGGAUCAUCUCUUGUUCGCCCACCCACCGAUUGGACACAGCCGUCGAUGCACCCGAAGGAUCGUUCUUGAGACGCGAUGCGCCCAUGCGCGAACGUCGCCGUCGCCGGAAAGAGGAGCAGGAUCUGGCGGCCAAGCUUGGCGGUCAGGAUCUGGAGGAGCAGCAGCUGGAUCAGUCACCCUCUGGAGUCUACUUCCGGACAGCCUGGAAGGAUACACUGGAAGAUGAGCAAAUCUGGGAGCAGCAGGAGAAAAUCCGUCUCGAGAAGGAGAAGGCGACUGCUGCUGGUGGGGAAGUGUCUGAGAUGAAGGGACAUUUCUUGAGCGCGGUUGGAUUGUGGACUUCGAAUGUGUAUGUUGAGGUUGCUUGGAUGUUGCUGUUGUAUCUGAUGGCCAUCUUCCAGUGGUGGAUGGUUUUCAUUAUUGAGAGCUUUGGCUUUGACGGCAGCCGGUGGGCCAUGGCCUAG